CAGUUGCCCAGCAAAAACGUAGUGCUUUACUUCGCUGCCCGCGUGUUUCUUAGCCCCAAUUUAUAUGCUUAAUGCAAAUAUGCAGGCGAAAUGUGAUUAAAAACAAAAAAAGAGGGUACGAAAAAUGUGCGAUAGCCGCGUAUAUUUCUCAACAGCGUCGGAAGGGUGUCGGUGAUUCGAGGGGGAAGACGAGGCGAGCUUUGCAGAACACCACGUGGCAGUUGCAGGCGGAGGACCUAUAGAACCUAAAUCCAAAGCAGAUAACGCCGCCUUUAAAUGGGAUGGGACUGGGAUUGGGCUGUCGGAGGCAUCUCUGACGAGAUUCCGAGGACCACGGGGCCGGAGUGCAUCAACUACAUGACUGAUCGGCGGCGCUGGGUGGAGACUACACUGCUGUCUGCCCUUUUUAUCUUCAUAAUGCACCGCUCUUGGCAACGCCUGGCGCCGAUUAAGCUGCCACCGCUUCACGAGAUCCAAAAGCCACACAGCCCCACUAGGCUGUUCCUUCUUAUAGCUUUGUCCAUGAUAUUUGGCAUUGAAAUGGGCUUCAAGCUUUCCGGCCAGUCGAUGAUUUUCGCUCUGAAUCCCUGUCACGUGCAGUCUUGUUUGCAGAUUUACCUCCUGGCGGCCAAGCCCACGAAGACAACGACAGCGCUCUUUCGAAUACAAAUGAGCAAUCUUAACGGCCCCUUCCUGGCUUUUCUCUUUCCCGAGGUGGAGGGACGAACUUAUCCUUUUGAACAGGCCACAUAUUGGAUCCAGCACGCACUGCUGUAUAUGAUUCCGAUUUACAUUAUCCGAAGCGGAGCGUAUACUGUCGAGGACCUCAGCGAAUUUCACUGGUCACACAUAGGUACCGCCUUCAUGCUGUUUUACCACUUUGUCUUGCUCUCCCCGCUCUCCAUCCUUACAGGCAUAAAUCUGGAUCACAUGCUCUGUGCGGCGAUGUCGGAUCCGUUCCAGGGUCCCAACUACCGGCUGUUUGCCUGUUGCCACCAGACUCUGCUCUGUCCGCUGCUAAGCAAGGGCACAGUGCUGCUGUUCGGCCGCCGGACUAAAAGCAGUGCUGAGCUAAACGGGUCGGGUGGUCUACCGGAGGGAAGGAGUGAGACAGUGCAGUAUCACGAACUGUCUUCGCCAGAAUAUGACGCGCAAGGGGAGGCGAUCAUGCGGCAUCGCUAUAAUGCCCAGGAGGCGGCUGGUGAAGGACAUCCACAUGAUGCGGGCGAGGUGGCGUCCCUUACUGCGGAAUACACAAUGCCAACAACCAAGAUCGACUAGUACUGGAGCUGCAAUGGGGCCGAGAAGAGCCCACGGCGUCUAUUAUGUCUGUCAAUUCACGAACCACUUUGGCAAACUUCGGUCCACGAUUAUACUUAAUUGCUAAGGACUUCAUGUGAGAACUGAGAGUUGAAUGUGUUGAAAAAUACGUGUAGAUAAUAACAAUUAAGGCUAAUUUUCAUGCUCAUCGAGGUUAUACUUCUAACAAAACCAAAAUGAAUUCAAAAAGUUAUAUACUUGUUCAAUAGAAACCAAUUCUUACUUUGAUGUCAAAUCAAAAGUUACAACAUGGCAUAGAUUAACAAUAGUGUAUAUUUCUUGAUUUAUAGGUCUAUAGCAAACAACAAAUAAAUUUAAAAUUUAAAUCGAG